CCAUUGGCACCCACCAUCAUCACCACUCCUACUUCCUUCCUUCCUUCCAUUAUCUAUAUAUAUACACACAUACGUUCAUCUACUUAUACAUCUCAACUAUCCAAUCACAUCUCUCUCUCUCUUUAUCUUUUCUCUCUAAAAACAUCUGGGUUUCUUACUGUUUCAUCCUUCUUUCCAAUUUUAAGUUACUGAAAUGGAAUUGAAAACUGUUGUUUCCAUGGUCGCUCGUAGAGGUAGACAGUUGCAGCGUUACAAUGAAGGCCAACGCCAAGUCGUUGGAUGUAUACCUUACAGAAUAAAAGUUAGCAAAAUGGGAUCAAGCAAGAAUUUAGAGGAUACGUUAGAAGUUCUUGUUAUUAGUGCACAAAGAAAAGGCAAAGGAAUGUUGUUCCCUAAGGGUGGUUGGGAAUCCGAUGAAUCGAUGGAAGAUGCCGCUCUUAGAGAAUCCAUGGAGGAAGCCGGAGUUUUAGGAACUGUUGAGGGAGUAUUGGGUAAAUGGUGCUUUAAAAGCAAAGGCAACAAUUCGUACUACGAAGGGCAUAUGUUUCCGUUACGCGUGGAUGAACAACUCAAUUUCUGGCCUGAAAAAGAUAUCCGCCAAAGAGUUUGGGUGAGUGUACCAAAAGCUAGAGAAGUAUGCCAAUAUUCAUGGAUGAAGGAAGCUUUGGAUUUGUUAGUAACUAGACUUGAAUCGUCUCCUUCGAGUAAUUUAUGGAGUAAUUUAUGAGCGUAUUCACCACCUGUAAAUACGGAAAGAUUUCAGAAAUUGGAUCAGAAGAUUGAGCUCCCAAAUGGGUUCGUAACAAGAUUUGAUAAAUUCUCAGAUUCUACUUUCGAGUGAGAUAUACUGUGUCUGUUUGGUUUACAAGAUUUGACGAGAAAGAAGUAACAAGAGCUAGUUUGAGGGAUAUUUAGGCACCCCUAACAAUAGUUUUCAAUUCCUUUUUGGGAAAUUCAUAUACUUCAAGAGACAUGGGUAGGAAGUGUCUCUAAUUUAUACUUUUGGUUCUUUAGAUUUGUACAAUCUUGAUCAUAAUAAUGGAAGUUUAAUUCAUUAGAAUGGAAA